AAUUGCUGAGAAGUAUGCACGAGAAGGCGAAGCACGCUUCAGACUCCCGCCGAGAUGAUGGAGUUGAACUGGAGACGCAGUUGAUCUUGAGAAUUCCCGAGGAGCCAGCUAAAGCCCUCCGAGAGGCCAUUCAGCAAGGCGCCAACAAUCUCAAAGAUCGCCUCAACAUCCGCCUUGAGAACGACAUUCGCUAUGGCGAAGUUCGCUUCGACAACUGGUAUUUGUACGCCAAAGUUGUCGAUCUACCCACAGUCAUCGAAUCCCUGAAGACAAUUGACAACAAGAGCUUCUACAAGACGGCGGACAUCUGCCAGAUGAUGAUCUGCAAAUUUGAGCCAGAACUCCCGACGCCCGUGGAAGAGGAGUCGCCCAAUAAGAACAAGAAGAAGGACCCGAACAAGGUGGACAAGAAGUUCCUCUGGCCGCACGGCGUCACGCCUCCGUGCAAGAACAUCCGUAAGCGCCGCUUCCGGAAGACGCUGAAGAAGAAGUACGUUGAAGCGCCUGAGAUUGAGAAGGAGGUGAAGAGACUUCUGCGGUCAGAUAAUGACGCUGUGAGUGUGAAGUAUGAGAUCAUCAAUGAAGAGGAGGAGCGCAAGCCGGGCGAUAAGCCAUCCGGGGGCAAGGCAGGAGGAUCCAGGGAGGCUAAGGGCAAGGCUGCGCAGAAGAAUGCGAGGGACGCUGAGGGAAUGAGCGGCUCUCAAAGUCUGGACGUGGGAGAGCACGACAUUUUCGGUGGCGAAGUCUCGUCUUCCGAAGAUGAGGACAAUAACAUCAACGUGCUGGACUUGGAUGAGAACAGUCGCUUGUCAGCUGAUGAUAGUCGCUUGUCGGACUCGAAUUCCAUGCAUCUGGACCAGGAAUUGAGUCGCGGAGAGUUCAACAGUCAUCAGAAGGGAUCUGCAAUUGGACUGGAUCAAGCUGGACCUUCGGGCGUUUCCCAUCGCCGGGACUUUUAUGAUGAUCGUCACGACUCUGACAACGAAGGUGAGUAUCGUGAGGGAAGUCAUGCGAGGAUUAGCGAGCUCAGACAACAGUUGGACGAGCUUCGCCUUCAGAGGAUGCAAAAGGAGCAGGAAAUCUCUUCGAUUGAGAAUCAAACGCUGCGACAGAGGAUGCAAGACACGCUGGAUAGCGUUGUCAGGCAGAUUCACAGCAAGGAGUUGGAAGUGCAGGAGCUUGAGGGCAUCGUGAUGCCGUGAAA